GCAAUGCUUCGGUUGUUUUAGAAAACAAAAUGUAAACAAAUUUUCGGCGAGUUGUAUCUUUCAUGCUUGUGUCCGAACGUGUUGGUGCGAUAAGUUUAUAUUUCGUCUAUACACGGCCAGAUAUUGAUAAUGGCAGCUCCAGAUCUAGCAGCUGAAGUAGAGCAAAGAGUUCUGCAGUUGUGUGGGGAAUUCAAGCAAGGGAUCACAUACCAAAUCAUCCAGAAUGACAUGCCCACUCUUAAACUGCAGCAUAUUGUUGAAAUCAUCAACAAGCUUUUGGCUACUAGUCGAAUUGACAUGUUGAAGAAAGAUGAUGAUGUCCUAGUUUUCAAAUUACGUGACCCAGGCAGUCUACACCGGGUGAAGGGGGCUGAGCCAGAGGAACAGGUUGUGUACAAGAUCAUUGAGGAGAGUGGAACCCAGGGCAUCUGGGCACGUGAAAUCCGUGCAAAAAGCAACCUGCAUUUGAACACUGUUGAUAAAGUAUUAAGAAAACUAGAGAGCAAGAAGUUGAUCAAGAGCUUCAAUUCAGUUUCGGCUCCCAAAAAGAAGACAUAUCUUCUGUAUAACUUGGAACCUGAUCGCUCACUCACUGGUGGGGCUUGGUAUUCUGAUCAGCACUUUGAUUCAGAGUUUGUGGAUAUUCUAAACCAGCAGUGUUGGAGGUUUCUUGAGCAAAGAGCAGUUCGUGCAAGGCAAGUUGCUGGUGGACCCAUAGCUGUACGCAAUGCAUCGUAUGUGGCUUCUAAAGAAGUUCUAAAGCAUAUAUCUGACCUAGGAAUCACAAAAGUGCAACUGAGCAUUGAGGACAUUGAGACUAUCUUAGAAACCCUUGUCUUUGAUGGGAAAGUGGAGCGUUCAGUGGCAAGUGAGGGAGCUGAAGGUGUAAAGCUGUACCGUGCUGUAACUGGGCUCCUGCCAACCCCAACGCUCAUGUGCAUUCCCUGUGGAGUUUGCCCGUUGAUUAAGGAAUGUGAUGACGUCGGCAAUGUAACUCCAAUCAAGUGCCGAUAUAUGAAGGAAUGGCUGGAUUUAGAAUGGUGAUUGUUCAAGCAUUUAGACUGAAAUGUGGAAUCAAAUGUUAUUGCUUUUGAGUUUUGCUUGCGCAUAUGAUGUGUGAAUUAGUGUCAUUAAAUAUCCUUUUAUUCUGGAUGUCAUAUGAUCUAUCUUCUUGCAUUCACAAUUUUAUUUUAUUUUCCCACUGUAAUACUGUAUGUUUGAAAAUGUAAUGUACACAUUUA